AUGCCGUCCUCAACUCAAUGGCAAACCCUCAACGGCGCCACCGCCCCUUCAGAUGAUUCCUCCUUCACCAUAACAGCGCCCACAGACACCGACAUCUGGCGCCGCAGCGACACAGACGACGUCUUCACCGCCCCAAUCCUCUACCGCACCCUCCCCUCCCAAAAAUUCAAAUCCCUCACCGUCACCAUCUUCGCCCCCUGGAAAACCCAAUACGACCAAGGCGGCCUGAUUCUCGCCUUUCCCAACCCCUCCAACCCCACCCCUCCCGAAAACACUAAAGGCCUCAAAUGGCUCAAAGCCGGCAUCGAAUUCUUCUCCAACGCCUGCGUCCUCGGCGUCGUCGGCACGGACCGCUACAGCGACUGGAGCAUCUCGCCCAUGAAGGCCGAGUUUCACCAGAAGGCGACGUUCAGGGUCGUGAGGGAGGGGGAGGGCUUGUGGGUUUAUGCGAAGCAGGAGGGUGGGGAGGGGGAGUUGGGGCCGGUUUGGGUGGGCGUUUAUGCGGCGAAGCCGAAGAAGGACGAGGGGAUUGGUGGGGAGGAAAAUGGGGAGAAGGGGCUCGAGGUUACGUUUUCGGAUUUGGAGUUGGAGGUGGAGGAAUAA